CCUUCCAUUCAUCAAAUUACAAAAUCAUUGUGUGCGACAAAGUAUGGCAUUGCUGCAUUUUACGCCGCUCGCUCGCACCUUGGCGACCACCAGGGUUUCCACGACUCGCUGCACGCUCGCGCCGCGGCGCAUCGUGCAGGAACUGCGCGCAGCUAAAGGAUCGACGAGUGAAGCAGCGGAAACCAUCCCGUGGCAGUUUGGCUUCCAGUGCAAUGAGCGUUACCUGUCGUGGGACCAGAGUGCUCAGCUGAAGCUGCUCAAGCUGGUGCUGGCGGAGAAGCUGGGGGUUUCCACUGAAGAGGUGGAGGCACGCGCGGAGCAGCUGGCGCUGUUGCUGCCAGACCUGCUCACUCGCAUGGAGUACACACGUGUGGACAUCCUGCAGCCGCUGCUGGAGGACCUGCCCGGCCUCACACAGCAGCUCAUCGGGCUGCGGGAGUGCCUUCCUGGAGUCAACCUCAGCCAGCUGGUGGCCAAGCACCCACGGCUGCUGUCCGAGUACCGUGACCCCGCCCAGCUGGAGGCGCGGCUGCAGCAACUGCGAACUGCGCUGCCGGGUGUUAACGUUCCUGUGUUGGUGAAUGAGGAGCCGCACUUGCUGCAUGUGGACAUCGGCGUCGUGCUGCUCAACUGCAAACGGCUCAUGCCGAACAUGGACCCCGUGCAGCUGCUGGUGUCGCAGCCGCAGAUGGUGCUGACGGCGGUGGAGGCAGGACUCUCCUCGGCAAUGGACGUAGAAGGUGGCUCACCGCUCACUGCGCACUGAUGACGGCGCUGCGCACAACGAAGGGUGACUGGACUACGGCGCGCGACACAUGUCCACUCCUCCUUAGCGGCGGACAUUAAGGGAAGUAAGGAGUGCAGUGCCACAAGGAUACUGAUUUACCGCUAUAACGGCCGGUUUGUGUCUUUGUGGCUGGUUUGGGACUGGGCCAGGCACAGCUUUGUUGAGUCCAACCUCGGUGGAUUGGGGUCUGAAGGCCAUAACAUACAGGUGGCUGAGCCGGUGCGGCUGCCUGGCGCGGCGGCGGCGGCGACGGCGGUUGCGGCGGCAACGGCGGCAGCAGCGGCAGCGGCGGCGGCGGCGACGGGUGCGGCCGCACCGGUGGAACGUGGGCAGCAGGCAACGGCAGCGGCACCGCUCCCUGAUGGUCCUGGUGUCGCGCCCACUACUGCCGGCGCGUAAGCCGCGUAUGCUGCUGCGGCCGGGGCUGCCGAGGUGACGGGCCUGCGCCUGGCUGAGCAGGAGUGGCCGCUGGGCGCGACGACGACGGAUCCCGCGGCUGCCAAUGCCGAAGACGCUCAGAGCGGCGUUAGAGGCGUCCUGGGGACGGGGGGAGAGGGGGCUAGUGGGUUUAGCAGUCAGGGCGUGCCCAGUUCCGGGCGCUGGUCCUUUAGUCAGGCAGUGGGCGGGUUACUCGGUCUGACUGGCGGUGGGUCUGUGGCGGGAGGAGCGAGACUUCUGCUGUGACUUCAGUGUUGGGCGGUUCAGACACGGGGUCGGCGAGUGAGGAGGUUUCGUGGGCCCUCCCCCUUGGUUAGCUGUGUUCGUUUUGUUGUGUGGUGGUCUCCGGGGUGUGAGUGUGUGUGUGUGUGUGUGUGUGUGUGUGUGUGUGUGUGUGUGUGUGUGUGUGUGUGUGUGUGUGUGUGUGUGUGUGUGUGUGUGUGUGUGUGUGUGUGUGUGUGUGUGUGUGUGUGUUUUGAGGAAUCAUCCUUACAAGGUUGAACAGGGGCAGACGCGCUGCCCCCCUGCUGCCUGAAGACAGCCUGGUCCCCGAGACCAGAACCCUGACAGGGCAAGAAGAGAAGAAAAGAGAAGAAAACAGAAAGCAAACACCUCGA